GUCUGUGAUUUUCUGGUGUUAUGCAAAUGAAAUCUGGAAUCUUGUAUUAAUUUUCGCUAAAAGUUUGUUCAUGAUUGAUUGCAUUUAACUUAAAUAUGCAAAAGUGUGUGUGCGCGUACUAUUUCGUCUCGCUUAAGUAAAACAGCGCUCACCUUUUAUUUACCUAGCGCGAACCGAGAUAUCUAAACAAGAACGUUAUCUAACAUAUUUAUGUUGUCACGUAGUUCAAAACGAAAUUGUGAUUGAAUUUAUUGAUUUAAGCAAUACAAUUCAUUAUUUUAAAAAAAUCACUAAACCCACGUAAAUGCUCAAGUAUAAGGCAGGUUGUGCAAAUACAAAUUUAAGAUCCGCAGUUAAUAGAAUAAAUACGGUAACGCGGGUGAACCGUAAAACGGAUACAGCGUUAUUGUUAUAAAUGAAACACACCGGGUGUGUCAGCUUGUGAAACAUGGAUGGGGAAGUUUAAGUAUUUUGAUUCUAUUUUCAUAUAAGACUGCAAUAAGUGAUGACUGAUGAGGAUGGGUUGUGACUGGAGGUCAGUGCUGAACAUCAUGAUCAAGAAAGGUCUGUUUAGAUGGCUAAAACUGUUGAUUGGACUCAUUGCCAUCGUUACAAUAUCUUUAUUGAUACACAUGAAUGUUCAGUAUAAUUUAACAGGAUAUAUGCCCUAUUCUAUAUCUAGUACAUUUGAGAAUAUUAAAGGAGUAUAUCGUGGGUCAUCACAAGACUGGUCGAACAACGGUACCAGAACACAUCACAGGAUAGAAAACCGUCUAAUUGGAUUUAACAAAGGUGUAAGAACUGUUACAAAUCGGAAUGUUGAUCAACGAGUACCAAACGACACGAUUAAAGAUAUACUAUGGUUUAACAAACCGCCAUGGUAUGAUAUUCGUCAACAAAAUAGGUUUCUUAGAACAAAUUGUACAUAUUUAAAUUGUCGGAUGUCUACAGAUGUAACAAAUCUACAGAAAUACUCCGCUAUCAUAUAUGCGCUGACAGAAUCCGCCAGUCACGUUCCACCAAUAUCUCAUAAAGAUAGAAAUCCAGAUCAGAUGUGGAUAUUUUUUUACUCAGAGUCGCCUGUUUAUCAAGGAAAACUUGCAUUCCGCCAUACUAACUGGAGAAAUACUAUGAAUUGGUCAAUGUCCUACAAUAUUGAUGCUGAUAUUUUCCGACCAUACGGGUAUUUGAUAGAGAACAAAGAGAUUAAACAUACAAAUUAUAGCGCCAUAUAUCAUCGUAAAUCUACACUAGUCAGUUGGGCUGUUAGUCAUUGUGAUGCUCAAAGUAAAAGGGACCAGUAUGUGUCUGAGUUAGUAAGUAAUGGUAUUGAAGUUGAUAUAUUUGGUACGUGUGGUAAUAUGCCAUACCAUGACCAUCAAGACCUCCGAAAUCUUCUAAAUACAAAAUACAAGUUUUACCUCAGCUUUGAAAACAGUUUUUGCGAGGACUACUUUACAGAAAAGUUUAUAAAUUUUUACAAUUUAGACAUUAUUCUUAUUGUACGAGGUGGUCUCAAUUAUGACAAGUAUCUACCCAAUGAUACAUUUAUAAACACGGCGCAUUUCUCGUCUGCGAAAGAGUUAUCAGAUUAUAUUGUAAAAGUGGGCUCAUCAGAAGAGCUUUAUACGAGUUAUCUCAGGAAGAAAAGCAGAUACAUUGCAAAACAUGUAUACGAGAUGCCACAGACAUCGUGUAUGUUGUGUGAAAAACUAAAUAAUCUAAAUGAAUAUAGGAAAACAUAUAUAGAUCACGUGACGUAUGUACAUGACCGUAAAUGUUGGACUCCUAAUGAUAUAACAGAGCCAACAUUUCAUUGGCUUGCAAUAGUGCUCGUGCUACUGUUUGUUUUCUGUUUUAUCUUGUUUCUUUGGAAGUGUAAGCCAUGGUCAUUUUUAGCUCGACUUUUUUCUUUUUGAAAAAAACAGUAGAGGUAUUGUUAUAGUCGGGUCGGCGUUACCGUUGCCGUCCGCAAACUUGUACCUGGAUCAUAACUUUUUUAUUUCUUGCUGUAUUGUCUUCAUACUUGGCCACAACAACCCUUGGGACAAGACCUUUCAGUACACCACACUAACCUUGACCUUCAUCCAUAAAUGACCUUGACCUUCAAGGUUAAAAGUCCAAUUUUUGCUUGUUCAUGCUGUUUUUGGCUGUAACUUUGUUAUUUUUGAAUGGAUUGUCUUCAAACUUGAACAUAAUAAUCUUCAAGGAUAUCCCUUAAAAAUAACCAGCCAGACCUUGACCUCCACACUAAAAUGACCUUGACUUUGAAGGUCAAAUUAUUGAAAUUUUCAUUUUUUUGGCUAUUAUUGGCUGUAACUUUGUUAUUUUUGAAUGGAUUGUCUUCAAACUUGAACAUAAUUAUCUUCAGGGAUAUCCCUUAAAAAUAACUAGACAGACCUUGACCUUCACUCAUAAAUGACCUUGACUUUGAAGGUCAAAUUAUUAAAAUAUUCAUUUUUUUUUGGCUAUUAUUGGCUGUAACUUUGUUAUUUUUGAAUGGAUUGUCUUGAAACUUAGACAUAAUAAUCUUCAAAGAUUACUGUUAAAAAUAUACCGAAAGACCUUGACCUUCACUCAUUAAUGACAUUGUCUUUGAAGGUCAAAUUAUUGAAUUUUUUAUUGUUUUGGCGGUAACUGACUGUAACUUCAUCAUCAUCAUCAUCAUCAUCAUCAUCAUCAUCAUCAACAACAACAACAACAACAGUGUUUCUAUUUAUAGAAUAUCGUAAUGUUUCUAUUUAUAGAAUUGCGUAAUGUUUCUAUUUAUAGAAAUUGUGUAAUGUUUCUAUUUAUGGAAAUUGCGUAAUGUUUCUAUUUAUGGAAAUUGCGUAAUGUUUCUAUUUAUGGAAAUUGCGUAAUGUUUCUAUUUUUAGAAAUUGCGUAAUGUUUCUAUUUUUAGAAAUUGCGUAAUGUUUCUAUUUUUAGAAAUUGCGUCAUGUUUCUAUUUUUAGAAAUUGAUGUUUCUAUUUUUAGAAAUUGCGUAAUGUUUCUAUUUUUAGAAAUUGCGUAAUGUUUCUAUUUUUAGAAAUUGCGUAAUGUUUCUAUUUUUAGAAAUUGCGUAAUGUUUCUAUUUUUAGAAAUUGAUGUUUCUAUUCUUAGAAAUUGCGUAAUGUUUCUAUUUUUAGAAAUUGCGUUAUGUUUCUAUUUUUAGUAAUUGCGUAAUGUUUCUAUUUUUAGUAAUUGUGUAAUGUUUCUAUUAUUAGAAAUUGCGUAAUGUUUCUAUUUUUAGAAAUUGCGUAAUGUUUCUAUUUUUAGAAAUUGCGUAAUGUUUCUAUUUUUAGAAAUUGCGUAAUGUUGCUAUUUUUAGAAAUUGCGUAAUGUUUCUAUUUUUAGAAAUUGCGUAAUGUUUCUAUUUUUUAGAAAUUGCGUAAUGUUUCUAUUUUUUAGAAAUUGCGUAAUGUUUCUAUUUUUAGAAAUUGCGUAAUGUUUCUAUUUUUAGUAAUUGCGUAAUGUUUCUAUUUUUAGUAAUUGCGUAAUGUUUCUAUUUUUAGAAAUUGCGUAAUGUUUCUAUUUUUAGAAAUUGCGUAAUGUUUCUAUUUUUAGAAAUUGAUGUUUCUAUGAUUAGAAAUUGCGUAAUGUUUCUAUUAUUAGAAAUUGCGUAAUGUUUCUAUUUAUGAAAAUUGCGUAAUGUUUCUAUUUUUAAAAAUUGCGUAAUGUUUCUAUUUUUAGAAAUUGCGUAAUGUUUCUAUUUUUAGAAAUUGCAUGUUUCUAUUUAUAGAAUUGCGUGUUUCUAUUCAUAUAUAUAUACAAAAUAGAUAAACAAAACUAAUGUGACAAGACAGACCAACUAAAUUUAUAAAAAGGAAACGUUAAGAUAUGUUCAAACCUUUCAAUGUUUGCGUUUAGAAAAAGUAAAAAGUCGAGCGUUGCCCCCGCCCGGCGGUGGCUCUUGAUGUAACAAAUCCUAGAUGAUAUGUUUUAGCAUUUAAGUUGAUAAAAUGUUGGAACAGCGUAACAUGAAAGAUCGUGACGAGAACGAAUGUUGAAACAGCGUGACAAAAACAGCGUGACAGAAACAGCGUGACUUGAAGAGCGUGACCGAGAAUGAUUGCUGAAACAAAGCAACGUGACCAAAGACAAACAUAUCCAUAAAUGUAUUCCAUCUAGUUUUCAUUAAAAUAAGUAUAAAUCCAUGUUGCAGUAAUUCAUAGAGAUGUAUGUUUUUAUUUUCUGAAUGUUCUAACAAAACGGUUAAUGUAAAAUGGUUGUAAAUCAAAUUUACAUAAGAAUCAAAUAGCAGCUCAAAUGAGAUUGUUCGGAUCUUUUUAUCCGUAAGAUUACAAGUAUAUAUUUUGUUCAUGUUGCUGUGGUGAUAAAGAACACUGUAAGUUUAACUUUCUUGCUGAAAUAGUAAAUGUGUGUUUUUGUCAAACUUUUUUUACUCAUUUUUCUAUUUCAUAAGCUACAUUGUAGGCUAUUUUGGUUCGAGAAGUUUUAUGUUUUAUAAGAAAGUUUACUGCCAAAGUUUAAUGUGAGGUUAUUUGAUUUUUUUUGUUUGAAUAUGAAUUUUAGCGAAUACUUAAACACCCUUUAUUUUAUUUAUGUUAUUCAGUUAAUUGAAUGGUUUUUUUAUACUGUAUGUCAAGUUUUUUUUUACUUUGAUGUUUUUAUGUUGAAAUAUGAUAUGAAUAUUGAACAAUUGUGAACAAUAAUUAAAUUUUAACCAGCUUUGUUAAAGUAAAUUUGUUACGAUUCUUUUGAAAUACUUCAAUCCUAUUGGAAAUAAAUAAUUUCAAACACUUAUGAACAAUUACCUAUACUUAAGGAAAUUAUAAACAUGCAAAAUAAUGUUAACAGUCCAAAUGAAUUUCUUUAUGAGUAAAGAAGAUUUAUAAAACACAAAUGAAAUAGUUUUGUAAUAAUAAAGUGGGUCUCGAACGCCUUAUUCUCUGUGACGUCAUUUGUUUUGACGUUUAGAAUAAAUGGACAAUUUCAUUUAGGAAAUUAAGAGGCCAAUACUUCGUUUUAAAAGAUUAAGUAAAAGGUUUUUUUUUCGUUUUUUUUUAGAGAGAUUUUAUUUAUACAUGUCCAUUUUUACCCUCCUCACAAAUAUAUUUCACAGUGGUACACACUUUAUUAUAUUGAUACACACUUUAUUACAAGAAUAAUAUAUAACGUAUGUGUUAAAUUAUAAACCUGGCAUAAGUCACAGAACUGUUUUAUUGAAUGUCAAGAAAAAUAUAGUAUAGAUCUCUAUUUUUUUUGUAAUUUGAUAUGCUGGUAUAAGCAUGUACUCUUCCGAUCACACCGACGUCAUUCCUAGUUACUGUUACUAUGUAUAUCACCACCGUAACGAUUUUAUCUCUGUUUUUAUGACAUUUUUGCUUGUUAUUUUUGUAGUCACAUGUGGUUACGUUUUAAAGUAAUUAUAAAAUAAUCAUUUUCUAGAUAUAUUGAUUGUUCUAUGAAAGUUAAGUUUCAUUGCCAAAUCGAAUGAUUCUGAAAUAUAUUGCAAUUUUCUAACUUAUUAGUAUGAAAUAUAAGCGUAUUCACUGAAAUCAAACAAAUAACCUCUAUAUAUUUUGUUUUUAAAAUGAUCACUAUAUAUUUUAAUACCUGUUUGUCCUUAAGAAAUAAAUACCCAGUUCUUAACCUACUGAACCGUAAGUUAUUAGCCUUUGCCUUACUGUCAUUGCUUGAAAGGGUGGAUUGACGUCAUUAAAUUAAGACGUCCUAUAAAGACAGACACACAAACACCUCUUUGCACCUAUAUUGUUGACUGACUGAUUUUUCUUUUUCUUCACAAUAUCUCCAAAUGGUGAUGCUGGACAGUGGCAAAUGCAUGAUGCUUGUCUCAGCAAUUUGCUCAGCCGUUGUCCUCAGCCAUUGUCCUCAGUCGUUGUUGUUUUGGCUAUACAGCGCGUUAUUUAAUUUGCUAUAUACGAUAUGAUAUAAAUUUCAUUCACACAUUAUAUGAAUUUGCACCACUUUUUAAUAUGUUUUAUAAUUUUAUUAUUUGUAAUACCAAAGAAAUGUAAUGUCAAUACAAGUAUAUCUGAUUACUGUUUUAACAUGGUUGUUUAUUUAUUUUUUUGUAAGUUUAAACUUUAAAUAGAUGUGUUGAAAUUGC